AUGGCGACCGAUUUUGACACUCGUUAUACCAACGCCAACCUUGCUAGAGAUGCCACCCAAUACGCUCCUGAGCUAUUCCUCGCCCUGCACGAGAGACUGAGUGAGGCAGUAUCCUCCGAGAAGCUCGCUACCGGUAUCAUUGCUGCCAUUCUAUGUGCCCAAUGUCGUGGCGAUGUUGUCGCUCGUCUAGUUCACGAUAUCACCAGCGGCUGGACGAAGGAGGAGGUGCGGGAACUCUUCAUUGCUGUCCGGGAGGCCAUCACUAUCGCAGUACCGUUCGUAGGCCUCCCUAAUUGCAUGCCCGCUUGCUUUGGCCUGGUGGAAGAAUUGAAACAGUGGGAGAUUGAGAAAGUCGAGGGGCCUAGAAGGGCAAACCUCGGAGAAGUCGACUAUACAGCACGAGGACUGGAGACCACCACAUCCCUCUACCGGGGGGUUGGGAAUUCGGAGGUGCGAACAAUGGUCCAGCAAUACUUUCCCGAGUUAUCCUACUUCGGACGAACAACUAUCUGGGGUUACCUGGUUGGCUCGAGCCCCGUCUUGGAAUUACAGGAAGCCGAGUUGAUCGUGGCGGCUUCCAUCGCGGCUAUCGGAGCCACUAGGCAGACUCGAAGCCACAUUAAAUGCGCGAUAUCGAUUGAAAAUAGCGUGCCAGCUGUGGUUACACUCAUCGAUACCGUGCGGGAAAUUGGCGCGUGGAACGGGAAGCCCAUCUCGAACGACUUGGAUAUCCCCCAUUUGGCCGAAGAGCUCGGGCAGAACUUCGCGAAUCUGGACUAACAGGGGAUGAUGUAAAGUACUAGGGUCUACAAGGCUAUAUGUAGCCUAUUCAAGCCAAGCAAGUUGGAUCACCCGACCAGUCGGGGUCUUACUUAACCGGGGUAGAGACUACUAGGCGAUGAGCAAGAGAGC